AUGGAGGAGGGCCUGGUGUCGGUGGACAAGUUCUCCGGCGGCAGCCAGGUCUACUUCCUGACGCAUCUCCACCAGGACCACACCCGUGGUCUCGGUGAGGCGGGUGGGUGGCGCCACGGCCCGCUCUACUGCUCCCCGACCACGGCGCGCCUCCUCCCCAUCCGCUUCCCGGGAAUCGACGCCUCCCUCCUCCGCCCGCUCGCUCCAGGUGCUUCUGCCUCCAUCUCCCUAUCAUCUCCCUCCUCCGGCCAGCCCCUCUCCCUCCGCGUCACCGCCAUCCCCGCGCUCCACUGCCCCGGAUCGCUCAUGUACCUCUUCCACGGAGACCUCGGGUGCAUGCUGUACACGGGGGACUUCCGGUGGGAGCUCAGGUGCGAUAAAGCGCGGCGGGCGAAACAGGCUUUACUGGACGCGCUCGGCGGGGAUACCAUUGAUGUGCUCUAUCUGGACAACACCUACUGCCACCCGUCACUCAACUUCCCUCCACGCCCCGUCGUCGCUGAGCAGAUGGUUGAUAUAAUUCGGGCACAUCCUGAUCAUGAAGUUAUCAUUGGUGUUGACACUCUUGGAAAAGAAGACCUCUUGCUUCAUAUAUCUAGAGCUCUACAGACGAAGAUCUGGGUUUGGCCCCAGCGCCUACUGACAAUACACCUUCUAGGGAUUGAUGAAAACCGUGAGAUUUUUACCACACAGACCAGUUUGACUAUGAUCCGUGCUGUUCCAAGGUAUAGUGUCACCAUUGAUAAUCUUGAAGCUCUAAACACAGUGUGCCCCACUAUAGGGAUCAUGCCUUCUGGUAUUCCUUGGCUUUGGAAGAGCAGCGAAGGAAAGGUCAAACCCAAAGGUAGAUCAUCACUGAAGUCUAUCGGGUGCUUAGGGAGAGGUGAAGGCCUAACAGAAAUGGACUACAAUCCCUUGUCACCACCAAAGCUGUUUGACAAGGAUUCUUACGCUUUACCAUAUUCCGAGCAUGCUUGCUUUUCAGAGCUGGAGGAUUUUAUGCAUACAAUGCGCCCAUCGACAGUCAUAGGAAUUGUCAGCUCAUCGUUCUGCUAUGUGAAUCCCCGUCACCACUUCAGACAUCUUUGUUUAGACAGUAAGGUUAAUGUUUACAGGACGCCCAUAAAAAACAAGGGUGGGGAUAAUGAUAAGUUAACACCAAAGAGAAGGCGAAAUGGUUCUGUGACUCCAGAAGAAAGGAAGGUCAGGAUCUCCAGUUCAAGUCUGUAUAGAAGCAAAGUUACAAUGAAAAGGAGGGAGUGCUGCGGUGCAAGGAUUAAUGACACUGAAGAACACAUUGGUGUUGCCUGA